UGAGCGUCAAGCUACCUAGAACAUUGUUAUCAACUAAAUUUCACAUAUGUGGUAAAAAACAUGCUGAGUGCUUUCUCAACAUUUCUUACGCUUAUCGGUCUCUACGCAUUAAUUUGCUUUCUAUAUGAACAAUUGCGAACACCUUUACGACUACUAAAAGUACGACUGUUUGACGAUCGAUGUGAGUGUUUGAGUCUAAAAGAACGUUUUGGGGAUUGGGCUGCAGUUACUGGCAGCAGCGAUGGCAUUGGCAAGGAAUAUGCAAAGGAAUUGGCGCGACAUGGAAUCAAUGUAGUUCUGAUUGCCAGGAACGAGGAGAAACUCAAGGCCGUUGCCAAUGAGAUCACUGAGGAGUCUAAAGUAGAAUCGAAGAUUAUCUUGGCUGAUUUCACACAGGGAGCCGAAGUUUACGAACAUAUAGAACGUGAAUUGGCUGACAUACCAAUAGCCAUAUUUGUUAACAAUGUGGGCAUAGGCUUUCCCGGUGCCCUUUGCUCACUCACCAAAGAACAUGUCCAGCAAUUGAUUGACACUAACAUUGUGGCUGUCUCGCAACUUUCGCGCUACUUUUUCAAGCGGCUGCGAGAUUCUCAAAUGAAGGGCGCAAUCGUUAAUGUCGGUUCAGUCACGGAAAAUCAACCAGCGCCAUUUGGAGCUAUGUAUGCUGCCUCUAAAGCUUACAUUCGCAGCUUAACCAUCGCCUUGAGAUGCGAGGCAGCUCCAUUCGGCAUUCAUGUGCAACUUCUCUCGCCCGGCUUUGUGGUGACCAAAAUCAACAACUAUUCAACGCGCAUUAUGAAAGGAAAUCUGUUCGCACCCUCAGCGGAAGUUUAUGCUCGCAGUGCUGUUGCUCAGCUGCGGGCUGGUGUUGAUGAGACGCCGGGAUAUCUCUGGCAUCAUGUUCAGUAUGCAGCUUUUAUGCUCUUGCCUUGGAGAUUGCGCGUUGUUGUGAGUCAACUAAUACUGAAACUGAUUACUGAUAAUCAAUUAGAAUAAAUGCACAGCAUACUUUUCGGCCCUUAUUAAAAUGUAGAUUCU